AGAGAGACAGAACAAACACAAAGACACAAAGACACAAAGAGUAGAAGCAACAAAAUAUUGAGAAUCUAACGCUAUAAUAUCAUAAUCGCUGGUUUCCUCUGUAAGUGCAUUUCUUCUUCAAACAUCCUGUGAUUUAAUAUACUUCAGAGGUGAUAACACACUCCUUAUGAGCUUCCUGCUCUCAGGACAUUUUUACCUCUGGAAGGAAUUGUUGCUGCUCUGCAGUUGUGAGAGAAGUGCUCCGGAGAUAUACGCCUCCGAUAAAGUCUCAGGAAUACAUGGACGCCAACAAAUGCAUCGACGAGCUCCUGAAGCAGCUUGAGGACGAGCGGCGGAACGUGAGAAGAGAGAAGCUGGCCGUGGCUCGCCUGCAGAGGGAAGUCGCACGGAGCAAGAGCGAAGGAACAAUGCGAGAAAAGCUGAUCCACGAGCUAGAGGAAGAGCGACGCCUGCGACUGGAGAGCGAGAAGCGUCUCCGGGAAGUGACGGAGGAGUCGGAGCUGGGACGGGCGCAGAUGGUUUCACUGCAGCAACAAUUCUCCAGGAUGGAAGAGACGGUGCGGACGCUGCUGCAGAAUCAGGGCGUCCUGGAGCAGACUGCUGGGGACACAGUGGACAUCAUGAAGGCCUACAAGGAUAAACUCUCGGAGGAAGUGCAGAAGCAGCACGACGGCCCCGGAGAGAUCGGAUCCCCGCCGGCGCCUCAAGCCGAGCCGGACCUCGGGCUGCUGCCGGAUGCCGAUCCUGAAGCCAGCCAAGCAGAAGAGGACAAAGACAAAACCCUGCUCCUCCUGGAGCGCCUCAACGCCCUGGAGGAGCAGAACUCGACGCUGGCCUCGGAGAACGAGAGCCAGAGGGAGCAGUACGAGCGCUGCCUGGACGAGGUGGCCAAUCAAGUUGUGCAGGCGCUUCUCACCCAGAAGGAUCUGAGGGAGGAGUGUCUGAAGCUUCGGACCCGAGUCUUCGACCUGGAGCAGCAGAACCGGGCGCUGGGCGUUUUGUUCCAGCAGCGGAUAAAACCCGCCUCAGACAUGCUCCUCCAGAAGCUCCACUCCCGCAUCCUGGAUCUGUCGGCGGCGGACCUGCUUCUGGAGCCGGAGCGGAGCAGGGCCUUCUUGCUUUCCAGGAACACAGACUCUCCCUCUAACGAGGUCCAGUGGAACGGGAAGUCCGGUCUGCCGGGGACCAAGUGUCUGAGCCAGCUGAGUCUCACGGUGGCGGCGGCGCCUGUUUACCAGCGCAGCAGCUGCAGCAGCAGCGAGCUGUCGCUGUCCAGCGCCUGCAGCGAGUUCUCCAGCGGCUCGUGCACCUGGAACGACGGACGCUCCUGUGGAAAAAUGUCGUCCCUGACCUGGGAGAAGAGGCUGAGUUUGGGUUCGUCAGCUCCCAGUAACAUCUGCGCCCCCCCGGAGGAGCAGGCGCCCACACGCCGCAAGGAGAGCAACAUCCUGGAGGGACUCCGAAAGCUCCAGAGGAGGAAACACAGGAGCUCCUCGUGCUCGUCCAGGGUCUCAAGGUCCGGUGAAAAAGACUGUAUGAACUCCAAUGAGGGCAUCUACUCCCUGGGGGUCAAGAACACUGGCCAGGGGGUUUCCAAGCCCACACAGGAGGGGAGGCCCUCUGCUGCGGGGGCCAAGAAGUUCUCGUAUGAUUCUGAUGAUGCAGACGAUGAACUGGCACAUUCCGGCCGUGGAGAUAACAUCCCCACCAAGGACGGGUGGUUGUACUGUAAGAGACGCUCCCGCAGCAUCUCAGAGAGCUUAUGCAGCUGGGAGGGGCCCCUGGACGGUGGAGUGGGGGGUGCCUCAGGCCCUGUGGUCACAAAGCAACCCCCAGGUUAUGACUCCAAAGAGCAUCCUGAGAAACUCAUGAGCUUCAUCAACAGCUUCCUCCCUGAGGGGGGGCGGACGUCAGCUUUCUCUAAACCAACCAAGCUGCACUACAAGCCCCCCGAUCCCGAGGGUCCACACCACCUCUCUGACGUGGACGACCCAGAGGAGCUCACCUCUGAGUCCAGUGACCUCCACAUGUCCUUCAGCCGGCCACCAGCGCAGGCAGAGAGGGACUCCAAGAGGCUGUCGAGGGACGCUGCCAAGCUGCUGGUCCAGCAGUGUAUGAGACGAGAGCAGGGCCGCACCCAGUCUGCGGACGGGCGGCCGCGAACCUUCAGCCUCAUCAAGGAGCCCAAAGUGACCACUCAGUCUGAAGAAAGUAUUCUGGCCAUAUUUGACGCAGAAGGAGAGCCCAUUGAACUCUGUUCUCAGAGACUCACAGCUAGUGGUGGGUCUCGAAAGGACGUGCAAGGGGGCAAAGCGGUUGCUGAUUACACGGAGCUGGCGCCACAGGAGAGACCAACACGGCAGACGGCAGCGAACACAAGGAACUACAGCGUUCUGGAGUCUCCAGAGAAACCCUCAGAGUAUCAGAUCAGCUCGAGGAAGACGAGCAGAGACGGCAGCGCAGAGAGGUUGUCCACGCAGCUGACUCCACAGAGGAAGCUUAUCAAACCCACGAGCAGCCGAGCCAACCAAGGGUUCUCCAUCCCCCCCAUGACGGACACUUCCAGUCCGAAGGGCGGCUGCUCAAAGAUACCGGGUCGUAACAAACCUGCUGCGUCCCCUCUGAGACUCUCUAAGGGUUCCACCGCUGAACAGAGUCCCUCAGGGCCCUCUGCUCAGGAGAAACCCACCUCCUCUUCCACUCUCAAGAUCUCCAGGUUCAUCAAGACGUCAGGAAACUCUUCCCAGAGCCCGAAGGCGCUGAACUCCAAACUGCCCAACAGGGCCGAGUGGAGCAAGCCCGCCUCCUCCUCCCCAGGUUCCCCGCUCCUGUCGAGGAGGCACCUGGAGUACCCUGACAACGUGGAGCAGCCGACCAGAGACAAACACUGUGAAACCAGCAAAAACAAACUCAGGUCCCCUUCUCCUCCCCCUCCCCCGGGCCGCACCACCUCCUUACUCAUCAGACCAAACUACGAAGGGUCGCCUCAAGCACAUAAACCGGGCGCAGCUCAACAGUCCACCUCCACCUCGGUGAGGGGCCCUCCCCCAAGCUACCACACCUCUCUCUUACCAAAUAUGCAAAGUACUCUGCCCAUCAAGGAUAAAGACUGUUUAGACCUGGAUGCCGGCUACGGGACUGCACUUUCACCUCAGAAACUGGUUGACAAAACCAGUCAGCACCUUCAGAAGUCCCCCGCCACGACAUCGACGAAAGGCACUUCCAAACGAACGACCACGAAAGACUACCUCCCCCCCGCAAACUCAGGGUGUGCUCCGGAGCCCGAACCGGCACCUAAAGGCUCAAAGAAUGUCCCUCCUCCAUACAGCGCCCUCAGAGGCUCCGCGCUCCACAACUCGUUUGCAAGUAAACGAGGAUCAACCCAUGAAAAGGUGCAUCACUCGGUGCAGAAGGCGUCUAUUAGUUUACCUCUAGCGUUUCAGGAAGCCCCUCAAAGUAAGACGGAGCCGCCGGCUGUCGUCAGCCCCCCCAGCUCAGUCCUGAUGUCGCCCAACUCAGCGGAAAAAGCCUCAAAGACUCGAAUCCCGAUGGGCUUCAAAGCGUUUUUAAAAUCUCCCCCCAGCCAUAAAAACAGUUUGUCUGUAGCAGGAAAGCAAGAGAAAGAUCAUAUCAACUCAGUCUCCAAGGAAACUGUGACUUCAAAUGCCUCGACGCAGUGUGACAGCGUGCAGCCCACGUACGCUAUCGAUUCCCCCUCCAAGACGCCCGUGACAGAGGGGAAAGGGGACGUCCGGAGAAGGUCACAGCAGGAGGCAGCUGCUGAGGAGGGGGAUGUUUGUGACAAGGGUAAACGGAGCAGUCAACUUUUCUCCAGAUCCAUAUCUGUCACCACCAAAUCUCAUCUAAAGCCGGCCCUGGGGAUGAACGGAGCCAAAGCCCGCAGCCAGAGUUUCAGCACCAACUACAUGGAGAAACCCACCAUCAACGUCCUGGAUGUGCCAGGAAAGAUCCGAACGCAGAUCAUCACCAACUCAGGGGAACGCGGGAACUCCCUCUCCAGACAGAGCUCCCUGGAGGUGCCCGGUGUCGGGUCAGCGGAGAGCCCGGUCCACUCGCCCAGGAGCCGGCUGAGCCACUACGGCGGCAUGACGGCGUCAAACAUUCAGAACGUACUUCCUGAGAGGAACUCAAAACCAGGCCCUAAAGGUGAAGGGUCGCAGGGCGCAGGGAAAGGCGAGGCCAUCACCUCCCCUUCUCAGAAGGAGGCGCGGAGCCUACCCAUCAGCGACAGAACCGGUUUCAACCACAUCCGCAAGUCGGCAAAAGUGGCUUCUCAUCCACAGCUUCAGCCUCCGUCCUCUUGUGUGUUCAGCUCAGAAAACACUAAUGAGCAAGACUUCAGCAGGGAAGUCAAACCUCCGACAGACUCGCCAAACCACCCCCCAGAUGUGGAGGAGAAAAAAGCCAGCCCCACGACCUGCACUAUCGAGGAGAAGGUCAUGAUGGGAAUCGAGGAGAACCUGCAGAAAUGUCAAGAGCAGGGGAAGGUCGGCGCCAGCGAGCCCAAGCAGAAGACCGGGCCCUCGCUGGCAAACUGGUUCGGCCUCCGCAAGAGCAAACUCCCGGCGCUGGGCGGCAAGAAGGCGGAUGCGCCCAAGGGGAAGGAGGAGAAGAAAGAGCUGAAGGUCGGAUCAGUGCUCGGAGGGAAACAGGUGAAGUCUGACAAGAAGAAGGACAAGAAGAAGAACGAGGAGGCGCAGACUCUGUCCGAGAUGAACAACAAGCUCAGCUCCAUCAUGGACCACUGCAACAAUCAGAUGGGUCAGAUCGCCAGUCAGAUCCAGUGCUCCACGGCGUUCAUCGGCAAGGACCAGUUCGUGAAGGAGCUUCUCUGCAGGACGGCUGUGAAGGGCAACUCGGUGUCCCCCCCGCCGCCGGGAGCGUCCACGCCCAAGAAGCACGGGGACAUGGAGAUGUGUCCAGAUACGGCUACGCUGCUCAUGACUCAGAGGAUCCACCUGCGAGCUGAGAGCCACGACGCACACAUCCAGGAAACAGCCUGUCAGGAUCACAUGAUCGGCUCCGGCUGUCAGAUGAGAACCCUGGACAGCGGCAUCGGCACCUUCCCCCUCCCCGACUCCGUCACCCGGGCCAGCGGCCGCCACAUCCCUAAGUCUGAGUCCAGCCCCGAGGGGGUGAGCGCCGGCUCGUCCAGGCUCGAUCUGGAGCCUCCCUCUUCUCACCCAGACCCCUCUCACCCCGACGUGAAAGUGCCUUCCCUCCCAAACACCCGCCUGCAUGCCCCCACUAGCAUGGGUCACUCCCAGUCCGAGCCCAGUGUGACCAGCAGCAGCGACGCCCCGGACGCCCAGAGCCGACUGCCCAGACUCACAACAUCAGACGCCGUCAGGACGAAGAGGUCGAGUCUUUGUGUUCCACCGAGCAACGACUCCACGGACGACAAAGAGAAAGACAACGAGAGGAAGAGGAAGAACAAGGACUACGAUAUUCCUGGUGAUCGAGUUCUGCGAGUGUGCACGUACUCGGGCAGCAGCAGCAGCAGCGACACGGAGACGGAGCUGGAGGGCUCGCCACAGCGGACCCUCGUCACCAGAACCAAGAGGAGCGACUCAGUGGAGCCGAACGAGGAGACGCUGACGAGGAGCGGCGUGGAGAGGCCGCUGUCCAUCAUGGACUUCUACCCUCAUGACGUGUUCUCCCACCUGGAGCUGGACACCAGGAGGACGUCCCAGUACAACCUGCUGCACAAAGAGUCCUCGCUGGACGGGAAGGCAGGAGACCGCCUCAGUAAGGAGAUCCCCCUGGAGAAAACGCCUGCCGGUGCCCACCAGCCGAGCUCCCUGGACUUCUCCCUGGAGUCCCUGAACAAGCUGAACCACAGCAGCUCCGGGGGCCACAGAGGCGUCUGCCAGGCCGACGCCGGGAGGAGCACGGAGGACUGCAGCCGAGUGGACGAGCCCUCGUCCUCCGGCUUCUCCAGCAAGGCCCCCGGCUCCCAGAGCGACUCGCUGUACGACAGCUUCUCCUCCUGCACCAGUCAGGGAUCCAAUGACGUGUAGGGCCUCAGGUCUGGUUUCACAGACUCCCAGUUCACCUCUCUUUCAUCCUGAGGUUCCAUGAAGCGAUGGGUUGGAUGCCGGCGGGGGGGCCGAGGCGUUUCCCCAGCUCCGACCUCCGGACACACAACACGAAGCACUUAGCUGCGGAGGACGAACCCGAACCAGGACUGGAGCUGGUCCUGGUGCCGUGGACUGGACGGAGACGUUCCCCCUGGUUCCCCGACGCCGGGGACCUUCUUAUCAUUGCACUGUAACAGGAAGUGAACAACGUGUGUGAGGCGUGCACAGGGAACUAAGCAGUGAUGAAGCAACACUGACGGAGGAACCGAGACCCGGGGCUCAUUCUACGUUCUGCUGCUAAGUUCAUCAACUCAGAAUAAAAGAAAACCUGGUUCUUCUUCUUUUUAAAAGCAAUAUUUUUUUUCAAAUCAACUUCUGCUCAUCUUGUGAACUCGUUGCCAAUCUCGUCUCUCGUGUGUGAGCGACAGGAAACCAGAGGUAGAGCGUCCUGGAGCGUCGUCUCACUUCACUCGACUCCACGCGGUACUUUAACUCGUUGAAUGAAUCACAGGUACAACACUCGUUCGUAGCUCAGGGAACAAACUGGACUCGUGUAGAUUGUACAAAAUUCUGCCGUCAGGAAAACAGCGACACAACUCAAGUCGUCUUUUUCCUUUUUGGGAUUUUUAUAUUUGAAAUGAAAGUUUCCUCUCGGCCUGUCGUAGAGAACCUGAACUCUCCAAACCUCAGUUCAUAGCUGUAAAUUAUGUUGUACAUACAAAUGACUAUAAGUUAAUAUCAGAAUGGGGCAUUGCUGAUGGAUAUAUGCAAAUGAGUCAAUAAAGAAAAAGAAUAUGUAAAUGGUUUGCUGAACUCUGAACUGAGCUUUUAUUUGAACUCUGCUGUUUGUUAAGGAAUUCUUUUUAAAAGUCAUGAUAAUAAUAAAAAGUCUUUAUUUUGACCAAUAAGAGCUAAUACUCAAAUAUUUUAUCACUUUAUUUUAAGGACAUAUUUUGACGCUUCGCCAAAUUUCUACCUGGACUUUGAGCAGCUGGUGCUAAUCAUGGGAGCGUCUGUGUGUUUUCUAUGAACCUGUUAAUAUUGUAUGAAGAGAGUCUGCACAGGACUUGUGUAUUUUUCUAGAUGUCCAGUAUUUAUACCCACAUUUUGUACUGUGUGUGUCGGGACUGUAGUGUGACUGUCACCCGUCUCCUCAUGUCCCUGCUUCCUGUGUCAAGAGAAAUGGCUGCCAGCAGUGUUACUUUAUGAUUAUUAAUAUUAUUAUUAUUAUUAUUACUGUGUGCAAUUCUGUCUGUUACACUAGACUUUAAUGCUAUAUUUUAUGUAACUAUUUCCUAAAUAAAUAUGAGAAACUAUUUCCUAUUUCAA